AUGCUCGGUGAUCCAUUACUUCGCAAUCGAAGACUCUAUUGUUCUUACCAUAAGGACUACGAACAUCUCACAAAAGACUGCAAAGCGCUAAAGCAAUUCUUGGAGGAAUUGGUGCAAAGCAGACAUCUACGAUCUUAUCUUGACUCAUCCACAAAUCGAAAGGAUAAUACCAGGGACAAAGCUGGGAAAACACAACCCACUAUAACUAUCAAUAUGAUUUAUUCGAUUCCAACAAAAAGGCGUAUAAGCCGGGAAGCAGCGCCAACACUCCGAAGAGAAAUUAUGUCCCUAUUAGAGGUGGUUGCAAAAAGGGUUUGUUCAUCAACAAAGAUUUAUUUCUCUAAUGAGGAUCUGACAUGGGUCCAUCAUCCCUAUAAUGACGCAUUGGUAGUAACAGUACAAAUUAGGGAAUUUGAUGUCGAAAGGAUAUUGAUUGACCAAGGCAGUUCAAUAGAAAUCAUAUACUAUGGACUCUUUAAAAAACUAGGGUUGUCUCAUGAAGCCCUACUCAAUGUGGAAUCCCCACUCUAUGGCUUCAACUCGAGCCCAAUAUUCCCUUUAGGACACAUCUUCCUGCAAGUCAAGGCCGGAGAAACAAUCCACCAAGUCGAGUUUCAGGUGGUCAGCGUGCCAUCUACUUAUAAUGUCAUAAUGGGUAAAACUUGGCUCCACCAAAUGGAAGUUGUUCCAUCUACCUUCCACCAGGUUUUACACUUCCCAGAAGCUAACACUGUCAGGACCAUUCAAGGGGACCAGGCGAUGGCAAAGCGAUAUAUGGCAGUUUCUUUAACUCGGCCACUAGAAGUUCAGACAAAUGAUUCAGGAGAGGAAGUUGAACCCCAGAUUGGAGCUAAGAGUGCCGAAAAACUCGAAAAAAUACCAAUUGAUCCUGAAGAUGAAGACAUGUUCUUCCUCAUAGAUAAAAAUCUCACCCUAGAAGAAAAAAGUCAACUGGUGGAUUUCCUACUGUGA